AUGACGAGCCACGUUAAAAUACGUUUAGCUUCAGAAAGAGUUAAUCAUUCUGUACCAACUAAUAGGGAAUUACCUCGAUUCUAUACUCCUGGUGAAGUUGUAACAGGCAUGGAGGAUUUUAUGCGGGGUCAUGGUACUUACGCGUCAGACGACUGUUUAAAAGCUUCCGUAGCUGGAGUAAUGCAAAAAGUAAACAAGUUGAUAUGUGUCCGACCGUUGAAGAAUCGGUACGUCGGUGAAAUAGGAGACGUAGUAGUGGGGCGAGUUCUUGAAGUCCAGCAGAGGAGAUGGAAAGUUGAAACUAAUUCUCGUUUGGAUUCUGUGCUACAGUUAUCAUCGGUGAAUCUGCCUGGAGGAGAGCUGAGGCGUAGAUCAGCUGAAGAUGAGCAGAUGAUGAGGAAACAUCUGCAGGAAGGUGACCUGAUCAGUGCAGAGGUACAGAGUGUGUUCUCAGAUGGUUCACUGUCACUGCACACCAGGAGUUUGAAAUAUGGCAAGCUGUCACAAGGUAUAUUAAUGAAAGUUUUUCCUUCACUGAUCAAACGCAGAAAGAAUCACUUUCACAACCUGCCGUGUGGUAUAUCAGUGAUCAUUGGCAACAAUGGCUACAUCUGGAUCAGUCCACCAGAACAAAAUAACAUGGUGGAAGAAGAGAAAGAUGAAAUUGUUAAUGUUGAAGUACAGUGUAUUAGCAGAUCGGACAGAGAAACUAUGGCAAGAGUGAGGAACUGCAUAGCUGCUCUAGUUGCAUCCAAAAUGUUACUAGACGACACAAGCAUCAUGUUUGCGUAUGAAGAGAGUCUCAAGUACGACAAUGUUAAAGAACUACUAGACCCUGAAGCUAUGCUCGAUGUAGCCUUCUUAACACAACAUAGAAUAAAUAAUGUUUUAGAAGAGUAA